GAUCAAUAAUCAAGUAGUAAAUAAGUAAUUAAUAGCUGAUAAUGUAGGUACAACAACUGAAAUGACCUUCAAGUCCGACCUCUAACUUUGGUCAAUAGAAAUUCAAAUACGCAUGCGUAACAUUUCAGGUUCCUCUAGUAAAGUUCCUAUAAACUCAGUUUCGCGCGCUGAUAACGAGAUAAACAGAUGGCUCGACAAAACGGUAUUGUGCAACCACUUUUAACUGACCUUUAUCAAAUAACUAUGGCGUAUGCAUAUUGGAAAUCAGGAAAAGUAAAUGAUGUCGCUGUAUUUGAUUUAUUUUUUCGAACAAAUCCAUUCCAAGGUGAAUUCACUAUAUUUGCUGGAUUAGAGGAGUGUAUGAAAUUUUUAGAAAACUUUCAUUAUUCUAACAGCGAUAUCAAAUAUUUGAAGCAAACAUUACCUGAAAACAUUGAACCUGAAUUUUAUUUAUAUCUCAAAGAACUAACUUGCAAGGACAUUAUUGUAAGUGCUAUUGAAGAAGGAUCUGUGGUGUUUCCGAGGGUGCCAUUGUUGAGAGUUGAAGGUCCGCUCAUUGUGGCACAGCUAUUGGAGACCACUCUGCUAACAUUAGUCAACUUUGCCAGUUUGAUGGCCACGAACGCUGCGAGAUAUCGGAUGGUGGCCGGUAAAAAUGUAUCCCUACUCGAAUUCGGACUACGGAGAGCGCAAGGACCCGAUGGAGGGCUAUCGGCGUCCAAAUAUGCGUACAUCGGUGGGUUUGACGGGACCAGCAACGUUCUGGCGGGAAAGAUGUUCAAUAUACCGGUAAAGGGCACCCACGCGCAUUCGUUCGUUACAUCCUUCAGUACUUUAGACGACAUACAUAGAGUGACGCUGACGCACGCGCAGACACGAGAGCCGUGUAAUCUUCUAGAGUCGGCAAUGGAAUGGCGGAGUCGCGUCUCUACCGUUAUCGAUGUAUCGACAGAGGAAUCCAGCGAUGGCGAACUGGCCGCCCUAAUAUCAUACGCCAUAGCCUUUCCGACGGGUUUCUUGGCUUUAGUGGAUACGUACGAUGUCAAGAGGUAUAAUUUUCAAGGCUUAACGUCACGUCACAGGCAGCGUAUUACGAAUGGGCAUUCUGGCUACAAUAGCAACUGUGGAACCAAUGGUACUAUAGUACAAAUAGCACCGACAAUACAUAGUACAUAUGGAUCUAGCACGGUCGAACGCACACUGAGGAGUGGACUACUGAACUUUUGUGCUGUGGCCCUAGCGUUAAACGAUUGUGGCUACAGAGCCGUGGGCAUUAGGAUCGAUAGUGGUGAUUUGGCGUAUCUAUCAGUACUGGCCAGGGAGACGUUCGAAAAGGUCGGGGAAACAUUCAACGUCCCUUGGUUCGCUAAACUAACAAUCGUCGCAUCCAAUGAUAUUAAUGAAGAAACCAUUCUAAGUUUAAACGAGCAGGGUCAUAAAAUCGAUUGUUUCGGCAUCGGAACGCAUUUAGUGACAUGUCAGCGGCAACCUGCUCUCGGUUGCGUCUACAAGUUGGUCGAAAUAAACGGCCAGCCGCGUAUAAAGCUCAGCCAGGACGUUGGCAAAGUAACCAUACCCGGACACAAAGAGGCAUAUCGGCUGUUCGGUGCGGAUGGACACGCGCUUAUAGAUUUACUGCAGAGAUCUUCGGAACCAGCGCCGGUCGUCGGUCAGAAAGUGCUCUGCCGACAUCCGUUCCAAGAGUCGAAACGAGCCUACGUUAUCCCCAGCUAUGUCGAACAUCUUUAUAAGAUAUGCUGGAAAGAUGGACGCGUUUGUACGGCACCAAAACCCUUGUCAAAGGUUAGAGAGAGGGUACAGUCGUCUCUAAGGACACUUCGUCAAGACAUUAAACGUAACUUGAAUCCUACGCCUUAUAAGGUGGCCGUCAGCGACGAUCUAUACAACUUUAUCCACGACUUGUGGCUUCAGAAUGCACCCAUUGGUGAACUCUCAUGAAAAUAGGAUUGAAGAUUUAAGAGAGUGGCCACAACUCGACCACAAUUCGCACAAAAUAGAUCACUGAAAAGCACGGAUUUAAGAUUUUAAUAGAAAUCACUUUUGUAAUGCAAAAGUAAUCACAAACAACUAUGAACAAAUUUUUAUUCUUCACCAUUAUUAAAAAUGAAUAAAGCACAGCGUGGAUAAAAGCAAUAGUAAAAAACGUGAAAAGCAUAUUGCUGAAAUGAAUUGCGAUUUUAAAAAUUACACAACGUUUACCACAACAUUUUUGGUGGGAACGCGAGGAGCGAAGUUGCGUGAAUUGUUUUAAUUUGUUAAUUUAGUGUUUCUUCAAGUUUAAAUCGUGUGUGAAACUGCACAAAUGUGAACCAAAGCUGCUGGACAUACAAUUUUGGGUUCCCCUAAAAGUCAUCUGAAAAGGUUUCAGUAAAAAACCACAAUUUUAUUGAGACUUUAUUUCAUCCCAUCUCAUUUCGAUUAAUGUAUUUUUUUUAUAUUAAUGCAGAAUAUAAAAAGAAAUUGUAAGACUGGCUUAAAGGUCUCGUUACCAAGUCAUAAAACAUUCAAGGGGGUCAUGUAAUACGAACUGAAUAUGACAGCUGUAGGUGUAAUUAAAAAAAUAUGUUUCCGUUGCCUUUAGAUUAGUUUCAGCUUCGGGAACGGCCUUUCAACACCCUGUAUAGUGCGAUGGCCUUUAUUGUUGUAGACGCAUUUGUUGUUUUAUUUGUAAGUGGUUUUCUGGGUUUUACUGUAUUGUAUUUAUUUACUGGUGUGACCGAAUUGUUAGUUGUAGUGGUGUUUAUAGUUAAAUUAAAAUGGGAAUUAAGUGCUACAGUUAUUAGUAGUGAAAGAAUCAAAAUAAUUGAACAUCGAAAAUCGUAGUACCGUUUCUUAGUAUUAAUAGUGAAAGAGCGAAAUGAAUGUUAUGAAAUUCCGAACCAAAGGUACAGAUGUGCCUUAGUUUGUGAUCACCUUUAAGACACAAAAGAUAACAAUUCUUGAUUAGAAUUAUAUCCAAUUCGAAAGAAAAUUCUAGAAUAUCUAUGUAUCACUAAAAUCACGGCUUAGUGAACAUUGGCUGUCACAAAGUCACAAAAAGUUUUGUUUUUGUGAUUAAUGCGAGCUUUUAUUUUGUUGGUAAACUUACAUAGAUCCAUAUGUAUUGGUUACAAUAAUUUAAAAAAUGCAUUUAAGUAAAUUACGUAUUUGUUCCAAAAAGUAUAGUGUAAAUCGUAUUUUUUAUAGUUUUUGUUGAUCCCAGAAUCAAUUGGUUGGUACUAGUUUUUUAUUGUAUAAUAAAUUUAUGUUGUAUAGAUAAUAUUUAAAUUUUAUUCUUUUUUGUAAAUAUACAAAUUACAGAAAAGUGUAGUACAAAAAUAUCCGUCCAAUUAUGCACGCUCGUGCAACAAUUGUAUCUAACGAAAUUUUUAAUUUUAAAACACUUUUGUCGGUUGGUAGUAGUGCUUAUCAUAGACAAUAAAUAUACUUGUUUAUUAUUGCAUAA